AUGGACCGACCUCCCUCCUGCUCCUGCUCCUGCCUCCUCCUCCUCCUCCUCCUCCUCCUGCCUCAGGCCUCAGGAUGGACAGAGGAGACAGACGACAGAGAGCUGCUGUCUGUCCUCCAGUCCGUCCUGGAGAAGCUUCAGAGCAGGAAGUUGUCGUCGUUGGACAGGAGACAGAGUCAUCUGCCGACAUGUGAGGUGGGGGCGUCGUGCUUGGUGAAGAAAGGUCCUCGGUUUGGUCGUCUCUGUGACUGUCCCCGACCGUCCACCUGCAACUUCUUCUUCCUCAGAUGUCUCUGACCUUCAUCAUCAUCAUCCUCCUCAUCAUCGUCCACCUGUGUCUCACCUCAGUUCUUCACCUGCUGACCCCCCUGUCCCUGUCCAGACCUGGACCAGGACUGAUCAGCUGAUCAUUGAUUAGUUAAAUGAUGUCCUGUGGUGAUCUCCUAAUCUGUAGUCCAUAAACUCUGGAGCCUACAUCUCCCAUGAUGCACCUGGACAGAGUGAUAAUCACUGUUUGUCGCCUUUAAUCUCUUGAUUUUCUGAUUCAUGUGAACUCAGGUUUUAUUUUGAAAUAAAAUUUGAUCAGAGUUUU